CGGGCGGUGUGAUGAGGAGGAAGAGGAACGGACAGUAUGAGGACGAACCGAAUGAAGAGUAUGAUGACGAAAGCCGUUACGGCGACGAUGACGAUGGCAGUGAUGACGACAGCGAUGACGGCGACAGCGAUGACGACAGUGAUGACGACGACAGCGAUGACGACCACAGCGAUGACGACAGCGAUGACGACGACAGCGAUGACGACCACAGCGAUGACGACCACAGCGAUGACAACAGCAAAGACGGUGUCAACAGCAAAGACGGUGUCAACAGCAAAGACGGUGUCAACAGCAAAGACGGUGUCAACAGCAAAGACGGUGUCAACAGCAAAGACUGUGUCAACAGCAAAGACGGUGUCAACAGCAAAGACGGUGUCAACAGCAAAGACGUUUUCAGCAGCAAAGACGGUGACCACAACAAAGACGAUGACCACAACAAAGACGGUGACCACAACAAAGACGGUGACCACCACAAAGACGGUGACCACAACCAAGACGGUGACCACAACCAAGACGGUGACCACAACCAAGACGGUGACCACAACCAAGACGGUGACGGCAGCAAAGACGAUGAGGGCAGCAAAGGUAACGACGAAGAAAGCGAUAUCGACGACGAAAGUAAUGGCGAGGGUGACGACGACGAGGGUGACGGCGACGAGGGUGCCGACGACGAGUGUGACGAUGGCGAGGGUGACGAUGGCGAGGGUGCAGAUGACGGAGGGGCUGCCGGCCGCGGAGUUGAGGCCGAGGGGACGGACUCCGGCUCGUCCUUUGCCCUGUGGGACGUCAGCUCGGAUUCCUCCUCGUGGCAGCUGCUGUCUGACGAGCCUGGGGACGGCCAGCUCCAGUCGGACGACGGAGAGCUGCUGUCUGAGGGGGAGCUGCUGGCUGAGAAACCGAACGGCCGCCUCCACUUCAGCCAGCGGGAGGACACAGGCAACGGCUGAUGGCCGCCAGACCGUGGUCAGUGGACGUUGCUGAAUGCUUAUGGUCGUCUUGUGGCUUAAAGUCGCUGUCUGAUGGCUAAUGGCAGCGUCUGAUGGCUAAUGGGUGAGAUUUCAUGAUCUGAGGAACGCUCUCUGAUGGCUGAGGAAUGCUCUGAGGGCUAAUGGUCGUUUCCUCGUGGCUGGCGGAGGACGCUCUGACGGCUGAGGGGCGAUUGCUGAUGACAAAUACCGUUGGCUGGUGGCUGAGAGACGGUGUAUGACGGCUGUCGGACGCUCUCUGAGGCUUAGUAACGCUCUCCGACGGCUGAGGACCGCUGCCUGGUGGCUGAGAGACGCUCUGCGAUGGUCAACGGAGUACGGAUGCUCUCUGAUGGACAGGAGAUGCUCUCUGAUUGCUGAGGGACGCUUUCUGAUAGACGGGAGAUGCUCUCUGAUUGCUGAGGGACGCUCUGUGGGGGCUGAGGGACGCUCUGUGGGGACUGAGGGACGCUCUCUGAUGGCUGAGGACCGUGUUUGGUGGCUGAGAGACCAAGUGAUGGCCAAGCGACGCUCUUUGACGGCUGAGUGGUGUUCUCUAAUGGCUUAAAGUCUCUCUCUGGUGGAUGCGUGACGCUUUCUGGUUGCUGAGGGACGAUUGCUGAUGGCUGAGGUAUGUUCUUUAAUGACUGGGGGACACUCUGCUAUGCUUCUUCGGGGGCACUGCUUCUUUCUGUUGGCUGGUAGACGAUGUUUGAGAUCCAAGGGUCAACCGUUGUCUGGCUGACCCUGCCUGGUUCCCGGAACUGUUAGACGUUACAAUCAACACGUCAAACAAACGUCAAAAGUGCGCGCGGCUAGUGGUGUUCCAAAGUGGUGAAUUUUGUCCACCAUCCAAUGUGGUGAAUAUCGGCGAUUAUAGUUGACGAUGCUGCCGCAAAGCUGGGCGAACCUUAUGUGGGAGCCCGGAGCGCUUGCGACCCUCCGCUCGGGCAGUGGAGGAAUCGGGGUCACUUUUCGCUCCACUUGCGAUGGUCUGAACUUGAUAUCUGGUGGGAUGUGCUUUCAUAGUCUAGCUUAGUGUUAAGACGCUCAUUUCGUUUGUUGGUUUGGAUGACUUGCGUGUUAUCGCCGCCUUUUUUUAAUAAACGUCCUGGAAGCACGUUU